AUGCCUACAUUUCCAUAUACAUCAUACCCAGCACUUGAAAAACAAAUAAAUGAUAUUAUAUUUCAAGCAAAUUUAGAAAAAAUUUUUAAUAUAUACCCAAAAGAUUUAUAUAAUAAAUUAUUUAAUAAAUCUUCAGAAAAUGGACAAAAUGGAAAUGUAAAAAAUGCUAUUAAUAUUGAUAGAAAGAUACAUGAAUUAAAGAAAUCCAAACUUAUAAAUAAAAAAUAUACUUUUGUUUCUGUAUCAAUUUUAUUAGCAUGUUCAGCUGUUUAUUUUACUUUCAAAACAUUGGCAAAUAAAAUAAUCAAAUCUCCACAUAUAAAUUCUAUAAAAUAUAUUUAA